CUCCACGCACCACCCCAUUGGCCAUGGGAGACUGAGCCCUGCCCCAUCUCCAAGCGCUCGGGAAACUCCCUGCUCGCUGCUUUGGCUCCUCCAGGUGAGGGAGACGUCCAGAGAGGAGAGGGACGCGCAGGCUUGGGGGUGCCGCUACUUCUAAGGAAAAUGGCAGACGGUUUUUCUUUAUCUGAUGCUUUAUCUGGAGCCGGUAACACAAACCCAAGUGCUCCUCCAAACCAAGGCUGGCCUGCUGGUCCCUGGGGAAAUCAACCUGCUGGUCCUGGAGCCUACCCUGGAGCGCCGGGGGCCUACCCUGGAGUGCCGGGGGCCUACCCUGGAGUGCCGGGGGCCUACCCUGGAGUGCCGGGAGCCUACCCUGGAGCGCCGGGGGCCUACCCUGGAGUGCCGGGGGCCUACCCUGGAGUGCCGGGAGCCUACCCUGGAGCGCCGGGGGCCUACCCUGGAGCACCACCUGCCCCUGGACAACCCCCAAGUGGACCUGGAGCACCUCCUACUGCACCACAAUUUGGAGCUGGAUUUGGAUUUGUCCCUCAGCCAGGGGGACCUACUGCGCCACUGAGAGUCCCCUUUGACUUGCCCUUGCACACCGGCCUUGUGCCUUGCUUCUUGAUCACCAUCGUGGGGACGGUGAAUCCAAAACCCAAAAGAUUUUCACUGGAUUUCAAGAAAGGGCAUGACAUCGCCUUCCACUUUAAUCCCCGCUUCACCGAGGAGAACACACCAGUCAUUGUCUGUAACUCAAUGAUUCAGAAUAACUGGGGAAAGGAGGAGAGAAUCGCUCCCAGGUUUCCAUUUGAAGCUGGCAAACCUUUUAAGAUUCACAUUCUGUGUGAGACAGAUCAUUUCAAGGUAGCUGUCAAUGAUGCUCACUUGCUGCACUUCAACUACCGGCUGAAGAACCUGAAUGAAAUCACCACACUCUGCAUUAGUGGGGACAUCUCUCUCACCAGUGUUACAGCUGCUAUGAUAGGAGUGGGGUUUUUGUAGUGCAACCUUCACUCCAAGAAACAUACUCCAGCCAUUUCUUGAAUAGCAGUUAGCCUUUAAAAAAAAUUGCUGGCUUCAUUUAUCCUUUGUACAAUAAACUU